AUGCCCACGGUGGACGACGUGCUCGUCCAGGUCGGGGAGUUCCACCUCUUCCAGAAGCAGACGUUCCUCCUCCUCGCCCUGCUCUCGGCCGCCAUGCCCCCCAUCUACGUGGGCGUCGUGUUCCUGGGCUUCACCCCCGAGCACCGCUGCCGCCCGAGCCCGGGCGCAGCCCAGCUGAGCCGGCGCUGUGGCUGGAGCCCGGCCCAGGAGCUCAACCUCACGGCGCCCGGCCCGGGGCCCGCGGGCGAGGCCUUCCCCCGCCGCUGCCGCCGCUUCCGGGUGGACUGGAACCGCAGCGGCCUGGGCUGCGCAGACCCGCUGGCCGACCUGGCCGCCGACCGCAGCCUCCUGCCGCUGGGCCCCUGCGGGCACGGCUGGGCGUACGACACGCCCGGCUCCUCCAUCGUGACCGAGUUUAACCUGGUGUGCGCCGACGCCUGGAUGCUGGACCUGGUGCAGGUGGCCGUGAACCUGGGGUUUUUCCUCGGCUCCGUGGGCAUCGGCUUCGUGGCAGACAGGUUCGGCCGGAAGCCCUGCCUCCUGCUCACCAUCCUCGUCAACGCCACGUCGGGAGUGCUCAUGGCCGUGGCCCCAACCUACCCCUGGGUCCUACUGUUCCGCCUGGUGCAGGGGCUGGUCAGCAAGGUGGGCUGGCUGAUCGGCUACAUCCUGAUCACGGAACUCGUGGGGCUGAGCUGCCGGCGCACCGUGGGCAUCUGCUACCAGGCGGCCUUCUCCGCGGGGCUGCUGGCGCUGGCGGGGGCAGCCUACGCGCUGCCGCACUGGCGCUGGCUGCAGUUCGCCGUGACCGUGCCCAACUUCUGCUUCCUGCUCUACUACUGGUGCGUGCCCGAGUCCCCGCGGUGGCUGCUGUCCCAACGCAGACACGCCGAGGCCACGCAGGUGCUCCGGCUCAUCGCCAGGAGGAACGGCAAGGCCGUGCCCGCGGCGCUCCAGUGCCUCCGAGCCGAGGAGGAAGCCGACGAGAAGCCGAACCCAUCGUUCCUGGACCUGGUCCGCACCCCCCAGAUCCGGAAGCACACCCUGGUCCUGAUGUACAACUGGUUCACCAGCUCCGUCCUCUACCAGGGCCUCAUCAUGCACCAGGGCCUGGCGGGGAGCGACAUCUACCUGGACUUCUUCUACUCGGGGCUGGUGGAGUUCCCCGCCGCCCUGCUCAUCCUGCUCACCAUCGACCGCGUGGGCCGCCGCAGGCCCUGGGCUGCCGCCAACAUGGUGGCGGGGGCGGCCUGCCUGGCCUCCGUGUUCAUCCCGGAAGACCUGCAGGGGCUGAGAGUGGCGGUCGCGUGCUUGGGUCGCAUGGGGAUCACCAUGGCCUACGAGAUGGUCUGCCUGGUCAACUCGGAGCUGUACCCCACCUUCAUCCGGAACCUGGGGGUCCUCGUCUGCUCCUCCCUGUGCGACCUCGGCGGCAUCCUGGCGCCCUUCCUGGUGUACCGGCUCACCGGCGUCUGGCAGGAGCUCCCCCUGCUGAUUUUCGCUGCGGUCGGCCUGGUGGCCGGAGGGCUGGUGCUGCUGCUGCCGGAGACCCGGGGGCAGGCGCUGCCGGAGACCAUCGAAGAGGUGGAGAAGCUGGGGAGACCAAGGAAACACAGAGAAAAGAAAAUCUACUUCCAAGUCAAGAAACAAGACAUCCCACUGAACUGA